GACAAACGCGAUUGGUGCCAUCGAGAACCGACGCUGGCGAUUCCGCAACACAGAGGCAGAGCGGGCGAAGCAGCCUCAAAGCCACAUGUCUAAAUCAUCCAUUUGGACUGUUUUCUUCUGGAUUCCACUGGUUUAAUAGACGAGGAAUACGGUUAAAUACAUUCCGUCGUAGCUGCAAUGUUGAUAUGAUUUUUUUAUUUAGAGUCUCACGGAAAAGCUAGUGGAGCACAGCCGGCGAAUUCAAGCUACAGGACCCCAACCAACAGUUAGCUAGCUUUAGCCUGUUAGCUAGUCGCUAGCUUAAGAGCCGCUAAUUUGUCCACUCGCCAGGCACCUGCACACCGCGCUGACCUGUGUUAUAGCCUGUUACCCUGUCACAGUCAACGCUGAGGCCCCCCGAGUGUAAAUUUAAGUGUGUUUGAUUCAAGUGCCGGAGUGACAACACACAAACAGGCAACCGUGACGGGUUGAGUUUGGGACCAGAAAGGCGAAACAAGCGGUGUCCUCAAGUGGCCGUUCACCAUGGACAACGCUCACACAAAGACGGUUGAUGAAGUUUACAGCUUUUUUAACGUCAAUGAAAGCACGGGGUUGAGUUUAGAACAAGUGAGGAAACAAAGGGAACGAUACGGACCCAAUGAGUUGCCAGCUGAGGAGGGUAAAUCCCUCUGGGAGCUGGUCAUUGAACAGUUUGAAGAUUUGCUUGUGAGGAUCCUUUUACUUGCUGCUUGCAUAUCUUUUGUCCUGGCCUGGUUUGAAGAGGGUGAAGAAACCGUGACGGCCUUUGUGGAGCCUUUUGUUAUCCUACUUAUUCUUAUAGCCAAUGCCAUUGUAGGAGUCUGGCAGGAACGAAAUGCAGAAAAUGCCAUUGAAGCAUUAAAAGAGUAUGAACCAGAGAUGGGGAAGGUGUACCGCCAAGACAGAAAGAGUGUCCAGAGAAUCAAGGCCAGGGACAUUGUGCCUGGUGAUAUUGUGGAGGUAGCAGUUGGUGAUAAAGUGCCUGCAGACAUCAGGCUGUCUUCUAUCAAGUCAACCACGCUGCGGGUAGAUCAGUCAAUUCUGACCGGAGAAUCUGUGUCAGUGAUCAAACACACUGACCCGGUGCCAGACCCACGCGCUGUCAACCAGGACAAGAAGAACAUGCUCUUUUCUGGCACUAACAUUGCUGCUGGUAAGGCCGUUGGAAUUGUAGUUGCCACAGCUGGCAAUACAGAGAUCGGCAAAAUCCGCGAUGAGAUGGCGUCAACGGAGCAAGAGCGCACACCAUUACAGCAGAAGCUGGAUGAAUUUGGACAACAGCUAUCCAAGGUAAUUUCACUGAUCUGCAUUGCUGUUUGGAUCAUCAAUAUUGGACAUUUCAAUGAUCCGGUUCAUGGAGGCUCCUGGAUCCGGGGUGCUGUCUACUACUUCAAAAUUGCAGUGGCUCUGGCAGUUGCUGCUAUUCCUGAGGGUCUUCCUGCUGUCAUCACUACAUGCCUGGCUUUGGGAACACGCCGCAUGGCCAAGAAAAAUGCCAUUGUCCGUAGUUUACCCUCUGUGGAGACCCUUGGCUGUACAUCUGUCAUCUGCUCUGAUAAGACUGGCACGUUGACAACCAAUCAGAUGUCUGUGUGCAGGAUGUUUAUUAUUGACCGGGCAGAAGGUGACCACUGUUCCUUAAAGGAAUUCACUGUUACUGGCUCCACAUAUGCUCCAGAAGGAGAAGUCUUCCAUGAUGGCAAAACUGUCAGAUGUUCUCAGUAUGAUGCCUUGGUGGAGCUGGCCUCUAUCUGCGCUCUCUGCAAUGAUUCCUCACUAGACUACAAUGAGACCAAAGGUGUGUAUGAGAAAGUUGGUGAAGCCACAGAGACUGCUCUCACGUGCCUGGUGGAGAAGAUGAAUGUAUUUGACACUGAUGUUAAAAACCUGUCCAAGAUCGAACGAGCCAAUGCCUGUAAUUCUGUGAUCAAGCAGCUAAUGAAGAAGGAGUUCACCUUAGAAUUUUCCAGAGACAGAAAGUCCAUGUCUGUGUACUGCACCCCUAAUAAAGCCCGUUCUUCAGUUGGGAAAAUGUUUGUAAAGGGUGCCCCUGAGGGAGUAAUUGACAGAUGCACUCACAUCCGUGUAGGCAGCAACAAAGUACCUUUGACCCCUGGGAUCAAGGAAAAGCUAAUGUCUGUAAUUAGGGAAUAUGGAACUGGAAGGGACACCCUGCGUUGUUUGGCCCUAGCUACUCGAGACAACCCCAUGAGCAAGGACAGCCUGGUGUUAGAGGAUUCCAGCCGCUUCAUUGAGUAUGAGACUGAUCUGACAUUUGUUGGAUGUGUGGGCAUGCUGGAUCCUCCCAGGGUUGAGGUGGCAGCAUCCAUUAGGCUCUGUCGUCUCGCAGGAAUUCGAGUGAUUAUGAUCACAGGAGACAACAAGGGAACGGCAGUGGCCAUCUGCAGGCGUAUUGGUAUUUUUGGAGAGGACGAUGAUGUUUCUAGCAUGGCUUUCACCGGGCGAGAGUUUGAUGAUCUGUCACCGGCUGCACAAAGAGAAGCUGUGGUGAAGGCCCGCUGCUUUGCCCGUGUUGAGCCAUCACAUAAAUCAAAGAUUGUUGAGUAUCUGCAAUCCUAUGAUGAGAUUACGGCUAUGACUGGAGAUGGAGUUAAUGAUGCUCCUGCUCUAAAAAAGGCUGAGAUUGGCAUUGCUAUGGGCUCAGGCACUGCUGUGGCCAAAACUGCUUCUGAAAUGGUGCUGGCUGAUGACAACUUUUCUACGAUUGUAGCAGCAGUGGAGGAGGGUAGAGCCAUUUAUAACAAUAUGAAGCAGUUUAUCAGAUACCUCAUCUCUUCAAAUGUGGGCGAAGUGGUUUGUAUCUUCCUGACUGCAGCUCUUGGCUUCCCUGAAGCUCUGAUCCCAGUUCAGCUGCUUUGGGUCAACCUGGUCACUGAUGGUUUGCCUGCCACUGCUUUGGGUUUCAACCCACCAGACUUGGACAUCAUGAAUAAACCUCCACGUAAUGCACGUGAGCCCCUCAUCUCAGGAUGGCUGUUCUUCAGAUACCUAGCAAUUGGAUGCUAUGUGGGCGCUGCCACUGUUGGCGCUGCAGCAUGGUGGUUUGUUGCUGCAGAGGAUGGUCCCAGAAUCACCUUUUAUCAGCUGAGCCACUUCCUGCAGUGUGGUCCAGAGAAUCCAGACUACCAGGAUUUGGACUGUAAGAUCUUUGAGUCCCCAUAUCCCAUGACCAUGGCGCUCUCUGUGCUGGUCACUAUUGAGAUGUGCAAUGCCCUAAACAGUGUAUCAGAGAACCAGUCCCUGCUGCGAAUGCCGCCCUGGGAGAACGUGUGGCUGCUGGGAGCCAUCUGCCUCUCCAUGUCCCUUCACUUCCUCAUCCUCUAUGUAGAGCCUCUUCCUAUCAUCUUCCAGAUCACUCCUCUGAAUCUGACACAGUGGCUGAUGGUGCUCAAGAUCUCCCUGCCAGUCAUUUUACUGGAUGAGAUGCUCAAAUUUGCAGCCAGAAAUUACCUGGAGCCUGGUAAAGACCUGGAGAAACCUGCCAGCACCAAAGGCUGCUUCCUGUCUGCAUGUAUGGAGGGAAUCUCCUGGCCCUUCGUGGCCAUUUCUCUCCCCUUGGUCCUCUGGAUCUACAGCUCCGACACUAACAUGGCCGACAUGUUCUGGUCCUGACUGACUUGAGCACAACCUCGACUUUUCCAUUUUCCUUUCCCCACCACCACCACCACCACCGCUGCCAUCAUCACUUCCUCUUUUCUCCCCCUAUUCCCUCUCUGCCUUCCUACAUGUGCAUAGCUAGUGUGUGUGAGUUUGUAGGUUUAGUGUGUAUGCUUGUGCGUGCCUACCGUGUGUACGAGAAGGACCAACUUUAACACGUUAAACAUAACAAAUAAUAUUAAAUGUUAACAUUAAGAAGUCGCUUGUUUUGAGUUAGGACAGGAUUUGAGUGGGUGAGGCUUUAAAUGUGAGUGUUAGAAGACCAUCACUCCCCGAGCCGUGGACUUUACUGCUGGUAUGAAAGAAAAAUAAUGUUGCCAGAUUUUUUUUUUUUUUUUCAUUUUAAUAUUGCCUUUAAGGUUUAUAUUUUUAAUAAUUUUGGUGAUAUCAUUAGUCUCAAUUCACUACAGUGACACCAUAUCGUUUUGUUUGGUUUGCCUCCUUAUGAAAAGAUCUAGAUAUCAGAAUUCCAUUGAUCUGUAAAGAGACUGAACACUAUUUUAUGCAACUUUUUUUAUGGCUUUGUAAAUUGUUUGACCAGCGUGGCUUAGACAUACCGCCUUGAUUUAUUUUGUAAUGUUUACCAUUGUGUCUUCAGUACAAACUCAGAACUCUUUCAGAGAGGACAAGCACGACAAGUGUGGCAGACGAGGACGGGGAAAGGUUUGGGAGUGAACGUUUUGAAUGCUCCGCUUAAACAAAAGACGAAAAAAAUCUGAAAAACAAAAGCCGCAUGUCCUGUGACCAAGCAUGAACUGUGGUUUCUCAUUCCUAAUUUAAUUGUGUCUAUGCCCCCAUGUUAGAGUGUAAAGUAAGUUCAUGGAUGUUUUUUACUCCUAAUUUGAAAAAAAAAGCCAGUUUUUCUGCACUGGGCAGAGCACAGCUACCUCAAUAUGAUACAAGAUUUUUUGCUCAUCUCUAGAUGCUUCUCCUCCUGACUUUUUACAGUCAGCAGUCUCGCUAAAGCAUAACAUCUGAGGUGUGCCCCUAGUAACUUGUGCAGAAAACAGAACAAAAUCUUUCUUCCCUCUAACAUUUUUAAGGAUAUAUAUAUAUAUAUAUUUUGUUUGUAUUGAUUCUUGACAUUCAUUCAUUAACUUUAUUUGUGUUUUGCUUUGGAGACAGAACGGGUUGGGGAUGAAGUCUGCUCAUGAUCAUCUCCAUGGCGUUUGAUUCAAAGGACAAUAAAACUGAUUUUCUGAAAAGAUACUAAUACAGCCAAUAUUCCAAAUGAACUUGGAUUACAAUUAAGAUUAAAAAUGAUGUUUUUUUUUUACUUAAAAAAAAUACACUCAUGAACCCUUUGAAUCAAAGUGUUUUCUGUCUUUAUUUAAUGAUUGAGGCCAGUGGUUAUCAACAUUAACUAUAUCCAGUGUUUUUGUAUAUGUGCAUAUACUUGAAUACAAACCAUUUCAGACAUAUGAAUGCUUCAGUUUUUUGGCACAACAUGACUGAUCCAGUCAAACAGAUCGUGUGUACAUUCUACUUUUUAAUACUUAGAGUACUAUAGUUGGGUAGACCAUAUUUUGUUGUAGCGUGUACAUGUUGGAUUAGAUCCCAUACAGUCAACUACACUAACAUUUGACCAUAUAAGCAUAAUUUUUUAUGAAAAUCUUUGUGUGAAAAUGCCCUCUAAAGCAUGUUUUUUGAGCCUGGGUUUGUUUGCACUGUGUGUUUGUGUUCCACUUAACAGCAACUGUGUGCUUUUCUUCCUCAAUGCCUUCCAUUGGCUCCCCUGCCAGUAGAGUUGGCUCUCAUAAAUACUUCACAAACUUUAAGAGUGGGCUCAGAGGCUGGAAUUGUCAACUUACUGUCCAGCAUGUGCGCCCACUCUUCUUCAGCUUCACACUCCUCAGAUGACUUGACGACCAGCAGUGUGUGUACCCUUGCACAGUAUAAAAAAAAAAAAAAUGGUGGAAAAAAAAAGGACACGUUUUCAUAGUAAUAAGACCAAAAACAUGAGGGUAUACUUAAAAGUGGGCGGGGCCAGGAGCAUGGCUACCAUUGCAGCCCGUGAACCAUACAACACAACCACACACUUUUACACACUUAUACCUCUGUGUGCAGAUGCUAUAUCUAUAUGACACUAUUCCAGUUUUGUGUGCAGGGAAGCUCUCGACACCCUCCUUCUUGCAUGAAGAACAUGUUUCUGACUUCCAUGGUAGCUUGCUGCGUAGAAAAUCUUGAAACACUGGGUUGAUGGUCUUAGCUGUACAUCAGUGUAAGGUACACUCAUGCAUGCGUUUCAGCUGUAUGUAGGCUUUGCAAUUUGUAUUUAUAGAUUAUAAUGUAUAAUACUCAAAUUACAUAUUAAGAUGAUUUUAAGAUGGAUAUAUCAUAAAUAUUGGGAAAUCACUGUUUUUACUGUAACGGUUUGGGUAAUUUGCACAAUAUUAGAUAUAGAGAAAUGACUCAUGCUGAACUUGACUGUGCUCUACUAUUUUUUUAAGCCAAUUCUUUCCCCUUUGGUAACUACAAAGGCCGAUCACUGAUCCAUUUCUAUCUGAUGAAUUAGUCCUCUGUGAUCAGGACAACAGACUGACACUUUGAUUCAUUGGUAUCCUGCAAUACGACAUAGUUUUUCUGUUUUCUUAUUGCCUCUGCAUUAAUAAUAUCAUCAUGUAUCUUUAUCAACUGCUGUAAAACUGUGAUCUAAUGUGAGGGGGCCUGUGCUUGUCCACUCCGUGACCUGAUCAAAGAACAAUAGAGAUAUGUCAAAUGAGGGGAUCAUUAUUGAAGAAGAAUAAUGAUUGUAUGUGCAUUACUGAGGAUGUGGUUUCAGGUAAAUAAAACAAUAUAGUAUUUGAA